UAGUGUGGGAAUAGGGGUGGGUGUGGGAGAGAGGAGGGAUAGUGGAGGGGUGACUUUGAGGACAAAGAGGACUCUGUUUGGGGGGAAGUCGCAGCAGAGGAAAUCGCAGGGGGGAAAUAAUUUCUCAUUGAGCUUGGAUCACAACUAUGAGGAGGAGUCGAUGCACUCCAGAUGUGCUCUGGUGUUCGAGGCCGUGGACCAGGUGGGGGGACUCAUGAAGGUCAUUCAAGUGUUCAAGAGAUACAACAUAAACAUUCGGCAUAUUGAAUCGCGAAGAAUUCCAAUUAGAGCUGCUGUUUCCAACAAGGACAACAACAAAAGUCUACAAGUGAUACCUGAUGUAGAUGAUGACUCAUCUAACGUAGAGAGAAGCGAUACGAAAGCGGAGGAGCUUGGAAAAGGGGUAUUGGGGGUAGAUUACAAGCAGUAUUUCUACUGUGACUUGGAUGGCGAUGCAGAGUCAUUGGUGUUGGCCAUCAAGAUACUGAAGAACUGCGUGAUCGAAUUCACUUUCAACGAUGGCUCCAUGUUCGUCCCAAGCAACAAUCGAGCAGAUUCAGCCAAUAAAAAGGAACAAUCGCCAGGCGGUGACAACCUUGAGCAGCAGAAUAUUUCCGGUGAUCAGACAGGAAACAGAGGAGUCGAAAUGACGGGAGGUGUUAACGCAGCCGGCGGUGGAGGGGAAUCUGGGGUACAGGAGGGAACAGGGGGGACUCCUUGGUACCCCACAAGGGUGAGAGACCUGGAUAAAGUGUCCAACAGGGUAUUCAUGGCUGGCGUGGAUCUGGACAGCGACCAUCCAGGUUUUCACGACCCAGUUUACACAGCAAGGAGGAAAAUGUUCGCUGAGAUCAGUUUCAACUACAGACACGGAGAUCCAAUACCACAAGUGGAUUAUUCUGACGAAGAAAACAAAACAUGGGCGACAGUGUACAGUGAGCUGAAGAGUCUGUACGUGCAACAUGCAUGUAGGGAGUACCUGGUGAAUCUUCCCCUUCUGGAACUGUACUGUGGCUAUGGGGAUGCAAAAGUGCCCCAGUUGAACACUGUCAACAAUUUCCUAAUGGAGAAGACUGGCUUCUCCCUCAGACCUGUUGCCGGGUAUCUCUCCUCCAGAGAUUUCCUCUCUGCCCUGGCAUUCCGCGUGUUCUGCUGCACUCAAUAUAUUAGACAUGCCAGCGACCCAUUCUACACUCCAGAACCAGACUGUUGUCACGAGCUGCUUGGUCACGUGCCCAUGUUGGCAGACAGGACCUUCUGCGACUUCAGUCAGGAGAUCGGACUGGCCAGUUUAGGGGCAUCAGAUCCAGAUGUUGAGAAACUGUCCAAGCUAUACUUCUUCACCGUGGAAUUUGGUCUGUGCCGACAAGAUGGUCAGGUGAAGAUCUACGGGGCAGGACUGCUAUCUUCGGUCGGAGAGCUAAAGCACUCGAUGGAGGACGUGACUAAACAGAAGGACUUUUCUCUGGAGGGAAUUCUGGACAUGAACUGUAACAUCACUUCAUUCCAAGACAACUACUUCAUUAACUCCUCAUUUACACACGCCAAACAGCAAGUCAGGAACUUUACCAACUCGAUCCAGCGUGGCUUUGAAGUGAAGUACAACCCUUACACUCGUUCAGUUGAUGUCAUGAAGACAACUAUUGACUACAUACACGCACUCAACCAAACACAACAGGAUAUGAAUCUGCUCAUUGAGGGAAUGCAAAGACAUGCACUGAACAAUACUUCGAGCGAGAAGAGAGUUGGUGUCAAUUCUGACUCGGAUUGGACUCAAUUCAUCGACAAUCUCUGUCCUCCCAAAACAAACAACGACAGCAACAACAACAAAAAAAACAACGACGAUGGACAAACAAAUGGACUUUCGAAUGGAACGGCAUAAUACUAGAAAAAACAAUAGGCGAAUGAUGAUACUUUGCUCGAAUUUCGGGUUUUCUCUGGGGGUGCUUUUUCAAAAA